GGGGCUCAUGACGCCGCUUAGUCCUGAAUGGGACUGAGGAGAGCCAGCUCUCGCUGACUGCAGUCAGAGCUCCUGUGCAUGGAACUAAAGUUAUAAAUAUUAACUUGAUUGAAAUGGAUUAUUUUGGGACUAAGCAAUGCUUGUUUUUAUUUGUAUUUAUUAACAAUGUUUUGCUUACUCUGCAGACAAAAGAAGAGGUACUGCUAGACAUGAGGUCGGCUGGCGGAGAGCUGGGAUGGCUGCAGUGGCCCAGUGGACAGGGGUGGGAGGUCCUACAGACUGUGGUAAAUGGUACCUUGUUCUACACAUAUUCCGUGUGCAAUGUGGUGGCGGGUGAGCAGGACAACUGGCUGAGAACGACCUUCAUCCAGCGCCGGCCGGCUGCCACGCGGGUCUUUGUGGAGCUGCGCUUUGUGGUGCGUGACUGUAACUCCUUCGACGGAGCUUCUCUCACCUGCAAGGAGACGUUCAAUAUGUAUGCGGCCGAGGCAGAUGCUGAUGUGGGGACGAGCUUCCGCAAGGGCCAGUUCAGGAAGGUGGCCACUGUGGCACCUGAUGAGAUCUCCACCCGCGGGGAGCUCAAAGUCAACACUGAGACAAAGGUGGUGGAGUCACUGUCACGCAAGGGCUUCUACCUGGCUUUCCAGGACCUCGGCAGCUGUGUGGCACUCCUCUCUGUUCGAAUCUACUACAAGAUCUGCCCUGCCAGCGUGUUGGGUCUGGCCUCCUUCCCGGACACUGUGGCGGGGGCUGAAGGAGGGGCCCUGAGGGAAGUGACAGGAACCUGCGUAGCCAAUGCCAUCAGCCAGGAGCCCCCCCGCAUUUACUGCACUCUGAAUGGAGAGUGGGUGGUCCAGGUGGGCCAGUGUCGAUGCAAGCCUGGCUACGAGGCGGUCAAUGGCUCCUGCCAAGCCUGCCAGGCUGGCUACUUCAGGGCCUCUCUGUCCAUGGAGAAGUGUGAUCCCUGUCCAGAGAACACCCAGCGCUCCUCGGCAGGCUCGCAGGCCUGCCCCUGCCGUGAGGGCUUCUACCGGGCCCCCGAGGACCCCACCUCUGAUGGCUGCUCCGGCCUGCCAUCUGGCCCUCGAAAGCUGCUUGCCACAGUGAGGGCGGGAAAGCUGAGGCUCUCCUGGCUAGCUCCGGCAGACACGGGCGGCCGCGACGACGUGGAGUACGGUGUGACGUGUGAGCAGUGCGAGGCUGCUGCCUGCCAGCCCUGUGGGGAGGAGCUUCACUUUGAGCCCCGCCCAGCCGCCCUGCGGGAACCCCAUGUGACAGUGAGCGGCCUCGAAGCCCAGCUUAACUACACCUUCACGGUGGAGGCGCGCACCGGCGUGUCCCAGUAUAGCAGCCAGCGAGCCACCAGCUCAGUCACCACAGCUCUGCACCUCACAGAGGUACCAGCAGUCACCCUUAUCCGCCUGGAGAAGCGGAGCAGCAGUAGCCUCAGUCUGUCCUGGGCUCUCUCUCAGAGGUCAAGAAGAGCCCCUCGCUAUGAGCUGAUGUAUCGCAAAAAGGAUGACGGCACCGCAACUGAUAUCACCACCUACACAGUACUGGUUCUGGAAAAGAACUUGGUUCAGAUCAGCGACCUGGCACCUGGAACUGUCUAUGUGUUCCGAGUUACGGUUCUGAAUCCAGAUGGUACUCCCAGUGGUAAUAGUGUGGAACACGAAUUUGAAACGACGUCUCUAGCGGAAGCUCGGGUCUCCAGUAACACGCCAGUGGUCCUGGGAGCCAUUCUUGGGGUGGGGGCCAUGCUCCUUGUGGUCGGGGGUGUCCUCCUACUGCACAAACGGAGACGGAACUCACGUGCCAGGGAAGGACCAGAGGAUGCCUACUUUUCUGACUCAGCAGACCAAAUGAAACCCCUGAAGACCUAUGUAGAUCCACACACGUAUGAAGACCCUAAUAUGGCCGUGCACAAGUUUGCCACCGAGAUCCAUCCUAGCCACAUUUCCAAGCAGAAGGUCAUUGGAGCAGGUGAGUUCGGGGAGGUGUACCAUGGCGUGCUGAAGGUGCCUGGGCGCAAGGAGACAGCAGUGGCGAUCAAGACCUUGAAGCCGGGCUACACGGAGAAACAGAGGCGGGACUUCCUUAGCGAGGCCAGCAUCAUGGGCCAGUUUUCACACCAGAAUAUCAUCCGUUUGGAGGGUGUGGUCACUAAGUUCAAGCAUGCCAUGAUUGUGACAGAGUACAUGGAAAAUGGAGCUCUGGACAAGUACCUCAGGGACCAUGACGGGGAGCUGUCCGCCUACCAGCUGGUAGGCAUGCUCCGGGGUAUUGCGGCUGGCAUGAAGUACCUGUCUGACAUGAACUAUGUCCACCGUGACCUGGCAGCACGCAACAUCCUGGUCAACAGUAGCUUGGAGUGCAAAGUAUCUGACUUUGGCCUGUCACGUAUAUUGGAGGAUGAUGCUGAGGGCACCUACACCACAAGUGGAGGCAAGAUCCCGAUUCGCUGGACAGCUCCUGAGGCCAUAGCUUAUCGGAAGUUUACGUCAGCCAGUGAUGUGUGGAGUUUUGGUAUCGUCAUGUGGGAGGUCAUGGCCUAUGGGGAGCGGCCAUACUGGGAUAUGAGCAACCAUGAGGUGAUGAAGGCCAUCAAUGAGGCCUUCCGCCUGCCGGCACCCAUGGACUGCCCGUCGGCCGUGUAUCAGCUGAUGCUGCAGUGCUGGAUGCAGGAGCGUUCGAGGCGGCCACGCUUUGCUGACAUCGUGAGCCUCUUGGACAAGCUGCUGAAGAGUCCCGAGUCCCUCAAAACUAUUGCUGACUUUGAUCCUCGUGUGUCCAUCCGCCUUCCCAGCACCAGUGGGUCCGAUGGCUCCCCUUUCAGGUCUGUGGUGGAAUGGCUAGAGUCCAUCAAAAUGAGCCAGUACACCGAGAACUUCACCCGUGCGGGUGUUACCACAAUGGAACAGGUGCUGCUGAUGAAAAUAGAGGACAUCCGGAACAUCGGGGUGCGAUUGCCGGGCCACCUGAAGAGGAUUGCUUACAGCAUCCUAGGCCUGAAGGACCAGACAAGCACCCUCAGUGUGUUUGCUGUGUGAUCUGGGAGCCACCAGCUUGCUAGCAGAUAUGUGGACCUCCAAGCCUGGUUUAGCUGCUGCAGCAUUUGUUUUGUGCUAAACAGAAGUAGGCUGUGCCAGACUGAAGACGAUUCAUCACUCAGCUUCAGUAGAAUUUAUUUUCAACUUAAAAGAAAUGUACUUUACCCAAAGCAGGGUGAAGAGCCGUGAAGAUUUCAACUAAAGAAUGGACUAUUUAUAAAUAACUAUAUACAUAUCAGACUUUGUAUAGAAAUAUAUUUUGUUACUUAUAUGUUUCAUAAACAUAAUUGUUGUUUUUAUACCUUUUUACUAUGACCUAAAUUUUGAAGAUUUUAAAAUUCAGUUUUUUUUUCUAUUUUCAAACAUCACCCGGAAAGGUGAGACACUGAGGUAACCCCACAGCAAAAUUUGAGGAUUUCUUGUUAACUUUUUCAGUAGUUACUAUACAGACAUCUAGCUUUACUUAAAAGGGUGAAGGUAGUCAGUGCGUCUCAUAACAGACCCAACAGAAGAAUUUCUGCUAGUCGUGUAUCCAAGCAGAGCUGGUCAGUUGGAGACAAAGCUAUUUGCAGGCAGUGCGCACCCAGCUGUGGCUGCGAGAUAUUUAUAAUUCUCUAUAUUCUUGCUUUCAGAAGAUAGAGGGAACAGGAAUGCGGUCAGGGUUAUUCCAGAAGCACUUACUAUUAAAUUAAACUUCUGAAAAGGGAUGUUGUUCAUAGUUCAGCUGUUGUGCAGAGAUUUCAACAAGUGAUGUGAUGGUUUGUAAUACUGUGAUGCAAGUAUGGACAAAUACAAAAUGAUAUAAAAUUGAACAAAAGUCUGAACAAAAUUUACAUGACUGUAUGACCACAGUGUAAGCUGUGUGAGUCUGGUAGACCUAGAGCAAAAUAUGAGUCUAGUGCUUCCAGAUGUGUUUUAUAUUCAAUACAGAAAUUGCAAGGUAUGAAAGCACCGGGUUUCAGCUCUCUGCAUUUGAUAGGAAUGCUAUUAAACAAAGAAUGACCAUUUGUUUCAAGUCUGGGUAUUUUCGUAUGACAGUGAAUUCUGUAACAUGCCAUUUUGUGUCUAUAUUUUUGGUACCACUUUACACUAAGGCUCCCUCUUGCAACUUAUAAAUGAUAGUAACUCUGCAAUUGCGAAAAAUGUUAACUUGUCUAUAAUUCUCUAUUGAUAAUUUUCUAAGUAUUUCAACCUAAUUAACAACCCGAUUAUAAACCAUUCAUAACGCAUUAUAAGGGUAAUCUUAUUGUAAAGUGGUACUAUGUUUUUAAUUGAUCAUUAAUGACCUGACUCUGAAAUAGAUCAAAUGCUGUGGAGUUUUAUUUCCAUUUCAUAACAAUUGGCAACUCUAACUUAGAAAGAGUGUGACCCAUUUUAUUGUUUUAUACUUCAUAAUUUAAAACCCUAUUUAUUUUGUUUAUUUAUUGUGACAAAGAAACACUGAAUUGGGACAUUCUUUGUAAAUCCCUUUCUUUUCCAAUUAAAGUAUUUGUACCAUU